UCAAGCUCGAAAAAAUUACGAGACCGAAGGCCAGGCAAAGUAAUAUGGAAGAUGUUGGUUGCGGCAUUCAGGCCCCUCAACAAGCACAAGUAGCCAUGCAAAUACCGUUAUCAUAUACACAACUCUUACAGGGUGACAACCAAAGUGUUGAAUUCACGCAACAUUUACAUGCCUCCAAUUGGAUGCAUCCAUCUUCAACUAAUCCGACAUUGACUCCACAAGGUUGGGGUGUACAACCGGUGCAUGAUCAUGUUGGUGGUAGAAGACCAACUUCGGAUCUACAUGAUGGAAGAGUUAGUAAUGCACUUGCAGAUGUUGGACCUUCUUUAACAUUUGGGGAGCAACUAUAGUUCGCUUCAUUUUGAUAUCUACUUGCCACAGUCAUCACA